ACUAAGCUAUACAGUGCACACGUGGAACCGUCGGGGUUUUGGAAGGAGGCCUGGCUAGUUACACACUGCUUGGCUUUGAACUUCUAGACUCCAGGGACCCUCCUGUCUCAGCUUCCCAAGUAGCUAAGUACAACCACACGUCCAGGGAUCUUAAAUUCUUAAGAUCUGCGUUUGAGUGUGUGAUGUUAUCUCUGUCUCUAAAACAUUAUUUUUUAACUUCAGAAUUACAACCACAGCUCAAGGGGGAGAAAAAAAACUUUUAACACACGCAAAACAGGAUUCUUGGAACGUUUUACUAUUUUAUCAUGGCUGACUAAAUAGGAAGACAUAGCCAAAAGAAAAUAGCUGUAUCUGAUGCAAGGUGCAAAACUCGUUAAAUUCAAUACCAUCUAGGUAGAGAUAACUAGCCUCGCAUGACAGAUGUUGUCACUUUCAGACAUAUUCAAAAAGUCGGAAUUUUUUUCCCCUACUGGCUUUCUUUCGACUACUCGAUUGCAAGGGAGCGAUUAACGUCUCCAGAGCGAAACCCGCAGGCCUGGACUAAAUAAAGGCCUCUGCUCCGCCUGCUGGGUGCAGAGGCUCAACUUUUUCAAAAAUAGCCAACCGGCCGCGUUGCGUCCCGGACUCCAGAGCUCGACCUUCUGCGCAUGCCUCUCAGAUCUUCCGAUGCUGGGUCACCGCCCCCACAUUCGUCUCGCUACGUCACAAGUGGUGGGCGGUGCUAUCUGGGGGCGUGGUCUGAGGGGGCGGGGGCCGGCGGCGGUGCCGAACGCCAGCCGCUGCUUAUUGCCCGCGGGCUCCCCACCGCGCCCAAGUCGGCUGUGCGAGCGGUGCGAUUCCCAGGCGCUAGCGCUCGAGCCGGUGCGCUCCCAGGGCAAGCACCGAAGCUGCUGGAUCCCCGGGGAGCGCAGGAGCCGCUCAUAGACCAGGCUGCUGCAAUCUCACGGCCAGCGGAGGACCAUCCCUGCCGCUCCGCGUCGGGGCUGCGAGAGGAGGACAAGGACAUGCUGGGCGGCGGCAGUGACUCGGGCCUGGCCACCGCCGCGGCGCGGGGGCAGGUGGAGACGGUGCGGCAGCUCCUGGAAGCCGGCGCAGAUCCCAACGCCAUCAACCGCUUCGGAAGGCGCCCGAUCCAGAUACAAGGCCGACAUUCGGGGAGCGAAGUGGGGAAGGAAGGGUCAGAUAGAGAGGACGACAUGAUAAAGAGGAGUGGAUUACCAGUUACACGGCCUGGAUUCAAGGAAUUUCACAAACUUGUAGCGUGUGAAGGGAGAGCGUUCACUGUGAACUUGUGAACAAUGUCGCCUUUGCUGUUCACCUCACCGUCCCUCUCUGGGACUAAGGAAACGAGGGCUCUUGUUAAUAAUGUGGAUUUUUAAGAAAAUAAAUAUUCAUCCCUCUUGAAUUUUCAGAAAAAGGAGAUGUUUAACAAAAGAAUAUUUUUUCAAGCAACAAAAAUAUUGUCAAGUGAUUAUAAAGACCUUAUAAAAAACAGAUUUUCUUAUUUACUAUCUUAUUUUCUUUACUGAGAACUUUUAAAUCUUCCUUUUGCAGCUGCAAAAAUAACCUUUACUCCACUAAAAGAAAUAACAAGAUUGUUAUAUUUCUUGAAGGAAGGAAGGAAUGUUUCUAAUGUUCAUGUGAUAAGAAUUGGCACAUGAACACUGCCUCUCACUUGAUAAAAAACUGACACUUGACCACUGCCUCUCACUCCAUGUAAAUUUCAAAGCCAUAGGCCCACAAGAACCGGUGACUGCUCAGGACAAUUAGACACCAAAAGCUGUUUUAUUACUAAUUUAAUAUUUGCAUAGUGUAAAAAAUAACUGCUAUGGGAUUACAUCUCCAAAACAUCAGGGUUUGUUUUCCUGAAUUAUGCAUCUUUAUGAUUUAACAGCUACCAGCCAAGCUUUUUAUAGACUUUUGAUAUAGAAAAAUACUACUUACCAUUAAGUUUCUUAUACAGUGUAAAUGACUGUUAAUUUCAUAUUACAAUGUAUUGCUCUAAACUUUCCACUGUAUACCACACUAGGUUGAAAUGUUAGAAGAUGCUAAACAUUUACAAGUAAUUUGUUUCCAUAAUGUAUAAGAAGCUUAGAAUAUGAACUUCCCUCUGAUCUCCACUUGUAACGCAAAUGAUCAGAGUAUAUUCAGUUUGUGAGCACAGACAUACAUGACAUUGAAAGAACAAAACUUUUUUUAAAUCUGACUUGCUUUUUGUUUUCUCCUCUAAAGCACUCCACUAACUUCUUAAAAAAAAAAAAAAAGCAACAGUAGAGUACCUAGUUUAUAGGGUGUCUUAGUUUUGCUUUCUAUAGCCAUGAUAAACACCAUGACCUAAAGAAACUUGGAGAGAAGGGGGGUUAUUUGGCUGACACUUAAAUGCUACAGUGAGUGCAUCACUGACGGAAGUCAAGGCUGGAACCUGGAGGCUGGAACCGAAGCAGAGAUCAUGGAGGAACUCACUGGCUUGCUUCUCAGACUCAAGUUUAGCCACCUUUCCCACACCUUCCAGGACCACCUGUGGGAUGGCACACCUAGAGUGGACUGAGCCCUCCACAUCUAUCAGUAAUCAAGAAAAUGUCCCACAGACUUGCCUACACAGGCCAAUCUGAUGGAGGCUUUUCUCAGUUGGGGUUCCUCUUCCCAAAUGACUAGUUUGUGUGUGUCGUUGACAAACCAAUCAGCAUAUAUGGUUAGACCUAGAGGGAUAAAGGAAGCAGCCUAAAAAACAAUAUAAAACUUUGUAAAGCCUGGCU